AUGGAGAAAUCUGGUUAUGGUCGUGAUGGUAUUUACAGGUCACCAAGACCAAAACUUGUCCUUCCUAAGGAUCCUAAUCUUUCUUUGGUCUCGUUUCUUUUUAGAAACUCCAAUUCUUACCCUCAUAAACCAGCUCUAAUUGAUGCAGAUUUGUCAAUAACCUUAUCUUUUUCGGAGCUCAAAUCCGUCGUUAUCAAGGUCGUUCAUGGAUUACUCAAUCUGGGUAUCUCUAAGAAUGAUGUUGUUCUUAUUUUUGCUCCCAAUUCAUACCAAUUCCCUAUCUGUUUCUUGGCGAUCACUUCCACUGGUGCUAUUGCAACAACUGCAAAUCCUCUUUAUACAACCUCGGAACUUUCUAAACAGAUUAAAGAUUCUAACCCCAAGUUGAUUUUUACAGUCCCUGAAUUAUGGGACAAAGUCAGAGGUUUCAAUUUGCCUGCUGUCUUUUUAGGACCAAAAGGAGUGUCUUUGCCGUCUGAGUCAGGUUCAAGAGUCAGGAGUUUCCAUUCUUUGGUUGAGUUAGGAGGGUCUAACUCUGAGUUUCCUGUGAGUGAUGUGAAGCAAAGCGAUAUAUCUACGCUUUUGUAUUCGUCAGGGACUACAGGGGUUAGUAAAGGAGUGAUUUUGACGCAUGGGAAUUUCAUUGCUGCGUCUUUAAUGGUCACUAUGGAUCAAGUAAUGGCAGGUGAGAUGCACAGUGUAUUCCUUUGUUUCUUGCCCAUGUUUCAUGUCUUUGGAUUGGCUGUGAUCACUUACUCACAGCUACAAAUGGGAAAUGCUGUCGUGUCAAUGGGGAAGUUUGAAUUCGAGAUGGUUUUGAGGACUAUCGAGAAGUAUAGGGUGACUCAUAUGUGGUUGGUGCCUCCAGUAUUGCUUGCUUUGGCAAAACAGAAUUUGGUUAAGAAGUAUGACCUUUCGUCUUUGAAAAAUAUCGGUUCUGGUGCUGCUCCUCUGGGAAAAGAUUUGAUGAAGGAAUGUGCCAAGAAUUUGCCUGAUACUAUAAUUACUCAGGGCUAUGGCAUGACGGAAACUUGUGGCAUUGUUUCAGUGGAGGAUUCAAGAACGGGUGUUCGACAUUCUGGUUCUGCUGGAAUUCUUGCUGCAGGAAUUGAAGCAAAGAUAGUCAGUGUGGAAACCCUAAAGCCUCUCCCUCCUAGUCAGUUAGGGGAAAUAUGGGUUAGAGGACCCAAUAUGAUGAGAGGUUAUUUCAAUAAUCCGCAAGCCACAAAAGAAACCAUAGAUAAAAAUGGUUGGGUACAUACUGGAGAUCUUGGAUAUUUUGAUGAUGACGGACAACUUUUUGUUGUUGAUCGGAUUAAAGAGCUCAUCAAGUACAAAGGUUUUCAGGUUGCACCAGCUGAGCUUGAAGGGCUGCUAGUUUCUCAUCCUGAAAUUUUGGAUGCUGUUGUCAUCCCAUAUCCUGAUGCUGAAGCUGGUGAGGUCCCAGUUGCGUAUGUUGUUCGCUCACCCAACAGUUCAUUGACGGAAGAAGAUGUUAAGAAAUUUAUUGUUGAUCAAGUUGCACCUUUCAAAAGAUUGCGGAAGGUGACUUUCAUAAAUACUGUACCUAAAUCAGCUUCAGGAAAAAUCCUCAGAAGAGAGCUCAUUCAGCAAGUAAAAUCCAAAAUGUGA